AUGGCCAAAGAGACGAGUGCGCCGUCGCAGUCCGUGUCCGACCUUAAUGCCUGCGUUUCCCCCUCUGGUGCCCGGCCCGUCAAGGUGACAUCGUUCCGAGAGUGGAUGGUCGCCAGUCAAAUUGGAAUCUCUCUGACCACCUUGGCGACCCUGCUGGCUUUGCACAAUCUCUACCCAUCGCUCCGCCCGUACACCCAACCCUUCUUCGAGCUCUCCUACUACGUUCCCAGCAAGGGCCAAUAUGUGCAGGGCUGGGACGACAUCUACUUCGUCGCCAGCGGCAUCAUCGCAUUCACCGCUAUCCGCGCCAUCGCGAUCGAAUGGAUCCUCCAACCGCUGGCUCGGUAUGCGGGACUGAAGCGAAAGGCGUCCGUCCGAUUCGCCGAGCAGGCCUGGCUGUUCAUGUAUGACGGCUUUUUCUGGUCGCUAGGAAUGUACCUGUGGAAGAACUCCUCCUACUGGCUUGACUACAGCGCCAUCUGGAGUGAAUGGCCUCAGCGUGCCCUGCCGGGCUUGAAUAAGUGGUAUCUCUUGGUGCAGCUGUCUUUCUGGAUCCAGCAGAUUAUGGUUAUCCACCUCGAAGCACGUCGCAAGGACCACUACCAGAUGUUGACCCAUCAUGUGGUUACCAGUGCGCUCCUGAGCUCGGCCUAUAUCUAUCGCUUCUAUAACGUGUCCAAUGUUGUGCUGUGUCUGAUGGAUAUUGUGGAUUUUUUGCUGCCGGCGGCCAAAAUCCUCAAAUACUUCAAGUUCGAAUUCGCCUGCAACGUCGCUUUCGGCAUCUUAAUGGUGGCAUGGUUCAUCACUCGACACAUUUUCUACCCCAUCCUCUGCUGGUCGAUUUAUAAGAAUGUGCCCGCCAAGAUGUCCUACGGCUGCUACUCGGGCUCCACGGCCGAGAUGAUCUCCGCCGACGGCUACCCCGAUGCAUUCGCAUACAUGUUCGCCCCAUACCAGGACCUGAACAACCCAAUCUGCAUGAAUCGCACAAUCAAGUGGAUUUUCCUCUCCUUCCUUCUGUUCCUGCAAGGAUUGUCAAUAGUCUGGUUCAGCAUGAUCGUCCGCGUCGCCGUCAAUGUGCUCCGUACUGGUAAUGCUGAAGACAGCCGCAGCGACGACGAGGAGGAAGACGAAAUUCAAGUGGGUGAUGAGAUCGUCUCCAACGGGGUGCUACUCAAAGAUAGUGUCUCCACUACCCCUGUCCUUAGCGAUGGCUCUUCUGGUCUGGACCACCGCCGGUCCAAUGGCGCCACAGCGGUCCGAGCCCGUGGCCGCGGCCGAGUUCCAUUCGAUCAGAGCGACCGCAGAGCACUACUGGGCCGGAUCGGGUGCGACAAACCGACUUAG